UUAUUUAUAAUCUUAGAUUAAUUUUUAAAAGAUCAGCCAAUAAUCUUUAAUAAUGACGAGAAUCUUAUCCGUCAUAGAAUAUUCGGUUUGUGGAGUGUAAAAUGUUGAUUCGAUGAAGCGGUAUCAACGUUAUCCAUUGCUGUACACUGUUUAAAGGAUUCCCCAGUUGCUGCUCCCUGUUUUUCAGCGGUUAAGACAUAAGAAAGAGCUGGAAAGUUGGAUGGUAGGCCACAUUUCACUUCCAUUUCUUGUAUAUACCGAUAUAUUUAUCUCGUCCAAAAGACAAAAAUACAAACAACAAAUUUCAUUGGCAAAUUAUGGCUGCCACUUCAUCUUUCCCUCUUCUUCAGCUUCAUUCAACCAAACGCAAAUCCACAGCUUUUCCUUUAAAACCUUAUGGGACAUCUAAGUUUGGAAUAGUGAAAUGUGGGUCAUCAUCUAAUGGUAGAGAGCCUGAAUCAGUUGACAAUGGUGUUAAAAGUGUGGAACGUUUACUUGAAGAAAAACGCCGGGCCGAGUUAUCUGCCAGGAUUGCUUCUGGAGAAUUCACUGUCCAGAAAUCUGGUUUUCCCUCUCUACUGAGGAACGGUUUGUCGAAACUUGGUGUUCCUGGUGAGGUACUUGAAAUCUUAUUUAAAUGGGUUGAUGAUGUUGAAGAUUUUCCUAAGAUUCCAGAGGCGAAAGGAGCGAUAAAGGCAAUCCGGAGUGAGGCCUUCUUCCUCCCUUUAUAUGAGCUUUAUCUCACUUACGGUGGGAUUUUCAGGCUGACCUUUGGACCAAAGUCGUUUUUGAUUGUUUCUGAUCCUUCCAUUGUUAAGCAUAUAUUGAGGGACAACUCAAAGUCUUAUUCAAAGGGCAUAUUGGCAGAAAUUUUGGAAUUUGUAAUGGGGAAGGGACUCAUCCCAGCUGAUGGUGAGAUAUGGCGCAUUAGAAGACGUGCUAUAGUCCCAGCACUACAUCAAAAGUAUGUAGCAGCUAUGAUAAACCUAUUUGGACAAGCAACUGAUAGGCUUUGCCGGAAAUUAGAUGAUGCUGCAACUGAUGGGGAAGAUGUAGAAAUGGAAUCACUUUUCUCUCAUUUGACAUUGGACAUUAUUGGCAAGGCAGUAUUUAAUUAUGAUUUUGAUUCAUUAACAAAUGACACUGGCAUAGUUGAGGCUGUUUACACCGUUUUGCGUGAAGCAGAAGAUCGAAGUGUCUCCCCAAUUCCAAUCUGGGAGAUCCCUAUUUGGAAAGACAUUUCACCACGACAAAGGAAGGUUGCAGAAGCCCUCAAAUUGAUUAAUAAUGUACUAGAUGAUCUGAUUGUGACUUGCAAGAGGAUGGUAGAAGAAGAAGAGCUACAAUUUCAUGACGAGUACAUGAAUGAACAAGAUCCUAGUAUUCUCCACUUCCUACUGGCAUCGGGAGAUGAUGUUUCUAGUAAGCAACUCCGUGAUGAUUUAAUGACAAUGCUUAUUGCUGGACAUGAAACAUCAGCUGCUGUUUUGACAUGGACCUUCUAUCUUUUAUCAAAGGAACCUAGUGUUGUAUCCAAGCUCCAGGACGAGGUUGAUUCUGUUCUAGGAGAUCGAUUUCCAACAGUAGACGACAUGAAGAAACUCAAGUAUACAACUCGGGUUAUUAAUGAAUCUUUGAGGCUCUAUCCACAGCCACCUGUCUUAAUUCGUCGUUCUCUUGAGGAUGAUGUGCUUGGAAAGUACCCGAUAAAAAGGGGUGAAGAUAUUUUUAUAUCAAUUUGGAAUCUACACCGUAGUCCAAGUCUCUGGCAAGAUCCUGAGAAGUUCAACCCUGAAAGGUGGCCUUUAAAUGGACCGAAUCCUAAUGAAACAAACCAAAAUUUCUGUUACUUGCCUUUUGGUGGAGGACCUCGUAAAUGUGUAGGAGACAUGUUCGCAUCUUUUGAGACUGUUGUAGCAGUUGCAAUGCUUGUUCGACGAUUUAACUUUCAAAUGGCGCCUAGAGCUCCACCAGUUGAGAUGACUACUGGAGCAACUAUCCACACAACAGAGGGGCUGAAGAUGACAGUUACACGAAGAAUGAUGCCUCCAAUUAUCCCUGAACUAGACAUGCAGGGAUUGAAGAUGGAAACAUCUGCCAGAAUUUUUGUAGAAGAGACCCAAAUUGGUGAGAAAGGUUGGGAUAUUUUUACUGAGAGUUCAUGCUUUCCUUGAUCUAUCAAGAAUGCAUAGGUUGCUUUCAAGGUUAAUAUUGGCUUUAUUUUUCCUUAACAUGAGCUAGCAAUUUGUUAGCUUUUGUUUGCAAAUCCUCUAUUACAUUUUAAUUCUUUGCGACAGUGUUUUCUAUUAUGUAAGAGCAACUGUGAACUCUAUAUAUCCUCUUAAAUCGCCCAUUUGUAACCUUCUGUUCGUUUACACUUUUAGUGGCUUUAUUUUUGUGGAAUCUUGUAUUUUGAUUUCAUUGUCUGAGCAAAGGCUGUCGAUUGGCUAAAACCCAUGUAUUACUUAUGUAGUAAGUGGAGUCACAGGAGGAACACAUUCCUUUUCUUUUGUAUUUACUACUCACAUAUUAGUUACAACAACU